UCGCAUCUGUUAAAAGCAACAGUUCCUUGUUUUCGUAUCAAGUAAAAUAGUUGCUGUGUGUGCGCGACGAGUUACAUUUCCGGAAGGAAUUGAACAAUUAAAAGGAAAUUAUGUCUACGAGGCCGAUAGAUUGGAAGUUGUUAGACUUGGUAAACUUACUAAAAUCAAUCGUGUUAACAGUAAGAGCAUCCUUCUUCGCAUUCUUGUACCCUAAGUUCGUCGAACUUAUUUACAAUGAAAAUGUUACUGUGUUCAAACGAGAAGUAUUUGCCGAUAUCGGCUCCAUUAUUCCAUCAAAGAAAAAUGGACCAAUUAGAAUUUUGGAGGUAGGAAUUGGACCUGGAUAUAAUUUGGAAUUCUAUCCCAAAAAAUGUCAACUCAUUGCACUGGACAAGAACCCAUAUUUCGAAAAGGUGCUGCUGCAAAACUUACAGAAGCACCCAGAAAUUACUUUAGAAAAGUUUGUCAAUGAACGUGCCGAGAAUAUGGCCUCGAUACCAUCAAACAGUAUUGACGUGGUCGUUACUUCGAGUAUACAUUGCAGUGUGGAUAACAGUCAACGUGUUUUGAAGGAAAUUCGAAGAGUUUUGGUGCCCGGUGGUCGAUAUUACUUCUUUGAACAUUGCAUCGAUGAACCUGGUACUACUCGAUUUAAAUGGCAAAAAUUCGUAAAUAAGAUUCGACUCUGGCAGUUGACGUGGCAUGGAUGUGUUUUCUCUGAUUUUGAAUCGAAAAUUUCAAAAUUUGGUCUUUUCAAUUACAAAGGGAAACGUUACACUAUGCAAAAACAGUCUUGGACUUGCUAUGUAUCUUAUCUAAUUGCGUCUCAUUAUGGUGGAUGUGCUGUAAAAGAAAAAUAAUUUAUCAGUGCUGUCUUAUGAAUAAAUGGAUUUAGAUCAACAGACGACCACU